AUGAUGACGAUGAAAAAGGAACAUUUAAAAGCAUAUUGUGCAACGUCUCAAAUGCAGCCUGUGGUCACUUUCUCUAUCAACAAAUAUGUUUGUGGUUUGUCAACGUGUUUUAUGAACACUGAUGUGGUGAUGAAUGUAGAAAAACAAGAAAAAUUCCAUAAAUGUGCAACGAGAUCUAUUGCAUUCAGAGCAAGAUUCACAUCAAAUGAUAAUGAAAGUCAUCAUGAAUGCGAUUUUGUAAUUUUAAACUCUAACGAGAAAGACGAAGGUUAA